AUGGGUGGGAUUUCGUUCCAGCUGGCGCACGCGGAAACGCCGAUCUCGUACGACCUGGUCGAGACUCCGGCACUCGUAGUACCGACGCCCACUCUCGAACUCGGAGAGUUCAGGACGACGUCUGUCCGCUCCGAAUUCGAGCGUCAGGCCACAACCUGCACCACCCUAUUCUUCACGCAGCCGCACGGCGCGCCGCCGACGGUCGUCCUCGGGUUGAACCAGCUCGACCUGAGUCCGAUCGUGCGCCUCCGGGCGCAGGUGCGCAGCGCCGAGCGCGGGGGCGCGCACAUCGGGCUCAGCGCAUGGUCGACGACGACCCACUUCUCCUCAGGCUGCGCCUGGCUCGCCGAAGACUUCCCUUUCGGAAGGAAGAUCCCGCAGAAACAAGUUUACGUCGCCUUCGCGCGCCCGUACGCCACGCCGCCGUGCGUCGUCGCGUGGCUCGACACGGUCGACUGCUGCAUGUGGGCCAACGCCCGCGCGGCGGUCUGGGCCGGCGACGUCACCGAGCGCGGCUUCACGCUCUACUUCAAAACCUGGCUAGGGUCGCGCCUGUGGCAGGUCGGCGCGAGUUGGCUCGCGUACCCGGCAGACCGCACGGACAUACGCAGCGGCACUUUCAGCACGGAGCAGGUCUGCCCGACGCUCCAGCGGCAGCACGAGCACCGCGGCCGCGUCGAGUGGGAGCCCACGGAGCGCCCACCCCGUGUGUUUACUGCACUGAGCAUGCUCGACUUCGAAAAAUGGAAGAAUCUGCGCGUACGCCUCACCACCAGCGAUGUCACGACCACCGGCAUGGCCUGGAACAUCGAUAGUUGGCAUGACACUGUUAUGCACAAAGCGGCCGCUGUGUACAUCACCUUCGAUAUCUGA